AUGGGCGCAGGAGAACGAGCUCGCCGCCGCUGCAGCACGCUAGGCAACUGUCGCGGCCACAGACUAUGGGAAGGAGGAGGCCAACAAGGCAGGGGCGAUGUCAAGUUGAGAUGCGAGCAACACCGCAUCGGAAUGAUGAAGGAGAGGCUGCGUGACUCCAAGCAGCAGCAAGCCGAGAGGAGCCUCGCCGGCAAGAGGGCCCUCGUCACCGGCAGAACCAAAGGAAUCGGGCGCGCGAUCGUGGAGGAGCUCACGGGGUUUGGCGUACGGGUGCACACCUGCUCCCGGAGCGACGCCGACCUGCAUGAGCGCCUGCGCGGUUGGCAGGCCGACGCGGACGCCGGCCGACUGCGCGGCCGCGUUCCGGGCUCCGCAUCCGACGUCUCCGUGCGCGGCGACAGGAAGCGGCUCGUGGCCACGGCCCGCGCCGAGAUGGGGGGCAAGCUGGACAUCCUCGUCAACAACGCCGGCCAGUCCUUCUACGGGGCGGCCACGGAGCGCACGCCCGAGGACUACGCCCGCCUCAUGGCCACCAACCUAGAGUCCUGCUUCCACUUCGCCCAGCUCGUGCACCCGCUCCUCGUCCGUGCGGCGGGCGGCGGCAGCAUGGUGGUGAACAUCUCCUCCACCUGCGGGCUCAUGGCCAACUCACACAUGUCGGUGUACUCGGCGAGCAAGGCGGCCGUGAACCAGCUCACCCGGAGCCUCGCUGUGGAGUGGGCGGGCGACGGCAUCCGCGUCAACUGCGUGUCGCCGGGGGGCACCCGAACGGAGCUCAGCGCGCGCAUCCCAUUGGGCCGCAUGGGCGAGCCCGGGGAGAUCGCGUCGCUCGUCGUGCUCCUUUGCAUGCUGGCAGCGUCCUACAUCACGGGGCAGGUCGUGUGCGUCGACGGUGGCCGCACCAUAGCCGCCUAG